CUUCUUUCUUUCCAUAAUCCACAUACACACACACUCUCUUUCUUUCUCUCUCUGCGGCCAUACCAAUGAAUGAAUAUAGAUAGGGUCCGAACAAUUCGAAAAUCGAACGAAAGCCCCAACCCAGCCCAUUCCCCAUUAGUUUCACGAGAAAGCUGCGCAACCUAACGCGACCUCUAUCUCUCCGUCUAACUGACUAGUAUUCUGAUCUUCACUCUUGUUCAUUUUCAUCAUACUCAAAUUUAAAUUCAAAUUCCAAAGCAUAGGAUUCUUCAACCGGAGAAUAGAAUGAAGGACAAAGACAAGGACAAGGAAAAAGAGGCGGAGAAGAAGAAGUACCCUAUCGGCGCCGAGCAUUACGAUCUCUACGAGGAGAUUGGACACGGCGUCAGUGCCGCCGUCCACCGCGCGCUUUGCAUCCCCUUAAACGAGAUCGUCGCCAUCAAGAUCCUCGACUUCGAACGCGACAACUGCGAUCUGGUUCGCCCUUUACCUUUAAUUAAUUUCGAUCCGUUUCAAUUUAAUCAUCAUCGCCUUAGCUAUAUAUAUGAUAUGAUGUGUGAUUAUUGCGCGCGGCAGAACAAUGUUUCACGCGAAGCACAGACGAUGGUGCUGGUGGACCACCCUAACGUGCUGAAAUCGCACUGCUCCUUCGUCAACGAGCACAGCCUGUGGGUUGUGAUGCCGUACAUGGCGGGCGGAUCGUGCCUCCAUAUCCUCAAGGCCGCGCACCCCGACGGAUUCGAGGAGGUUGUGAUUGCCACCAUCCUUCGCGAGGUCCUCAAGGGUUUAGAGUACCUUCACCACCACGGACACAUCCACAGGGACGUCAAGUCCGGCAACAUUCUCAUCGAUUCCCGCGGCGCCAUCAAGCUCGGCGACUUCGGUGUCUCCGCCUGUCUCUUUGAUUCCGGUGAUAGGCAGCGCACCAGGAAUACUUUCGUUGGAACACCUUGUUGGAUGGCACCCGAAGUAAUGGAGCAGCUACAUGGUUAUAAUUUCAAAGCUGACAUUUGGUCAUUUGGCAUAACUGCACUGGAGCUUGCCCACGGUCAUGCUCCUUUCUCAAAGUUUCCCCCAAUGAAGGUACUGCUUAUGACUUUGCAAAAUGCACCCCCCGGCCUUGACUACGAGAGGGAUAGAAAGUUCUCUAAGUCAUUUAAGCAGAUGAUUGCUAGUUGCUUAGUGAAAGAUCCUUCAAAACGACCCUCUGCAAGCAAGUUGUUGAAGCAUUCCUUCUUCAAGCAGGCUCGCUCCAAUGAUUAUAUUGCACGAACACUUUUGGAGGGGCUGCCUGCUUUAGGUGACCGCAUGGAGGCCCUAAAGAGAAAAGAUGAAGAUAUGCUUGCACAAAAGAAAAUGCCCGAUGGCGAGAUGGAGGAAUUAUCACAGAAUGAAUACAAACGGGGAAUUAGUGGCUGGAACUUCAAUCUUGAUGAUAUGAAGGCUCAGGCUUCAUUGAUCCAUGAUUUUGAUGAUGCUAUAUCAGAUAUCAAUCAUGUAGCAAGUUCAGCUUCUUUAUCUUCCCUUGAUGUACAAGAUAAGCCGAGUGCAAGUCAUAAUCCCUCUCGAAGUGUUGAUCUGGAAGAUAUUGAUGAGCUACAAAAUCAAUCAGCUUCUGUUCCAGGAAUUGAUUACACAGUAAAUGAUGCCAAGAUCAAGUUUGAAAAAUCUGACGAUGACUCUAGCAUUACCAGUUCAAGCCAUGAACAAAGCAUUUCACUAGCUUCUCCCUCCUGUCUUGAUGAUCGUGUGGACCAUAAUGUGGGAGAAAAAUCUGAUGUGGAAAACGGUAUGGCUAUCCAUUCUUUUCAUAGAAGAGGAUCUUCAUCAAGCAUUUUACCUGAAGUAACUCUUCCACCAAUUCGACCAGAAAGUGAGAAGCCACCCAAUCUGCCCCAGAGCACCUCAAGUGGCAAUGCAAAUUCACAGACAGGAGAGGACGUGCUUACUGAACUUCCUUCUAAAAUCUCAAAAUCAUCAGCUAAUGCUGAAGAGACUGAUGAGAAAGCAAAGAUACCAGUUGUUCAGCAGAGAGGACGUUUUAAGGUUACAUCUGAGAAUGUUGACCCAGAAAAGGUGGCCCCUACUCCUGUACUGCAAAAGAGUCACAGUAUGCAGAUUAUUAGCCAGCAUAGUGCUCCUGCUCCUCUGCCUUCACCAUUACCGUUACUGUCAGCAUCUGAUGCUACUAUAUCAUCAAAUCUUUCUGGCUGUUCACUUUUCCCGGUGUUGCACUCUGUGCUGCAGACAAAUAUUCUUCAAAGGGAGAGCAUUUUAAAUUUAAUGAAGCAAAUCAGUGCAAAUGACACCACAGCUGAUGCCACGUGUAUCCCAGCACAAAUAGCAGCUACUGAGAAAUCUUUGCUUGAAGCAGCUCACGAUAGGGAGAAAGAGUUACUCCAUGAGAUAACCGAGUUGCAGUGGAGGCUGAUAUGUACCCAAGAGGAGCUUCAAAAAUUGAAGACAGAUAACGCUCAGGUAUGAAUUCCUUCUCGAAAUGCAUACUUGGAUUUGGAAUCCAGCAGUGAUUCCGUUGUUUGAGUGGAUGCUUGGAUUUAUAAGCUAUUCUUGGACACUUAAAACAAAGGUGCCAGAAGGCACUGGAAUUAUGACGAAUACGAACUGUGUAGACGAUAUAUGGACUGAUCUAUUAACUUCUAGGUCUUUUUAAUUAUGUAGGUGAUAUAACCUUUUUAUCGUAGUUCUCUUUUUAGUGCAGAUCGUUGUUUAUAAUUGUUUCUGUAAAUGAUUUUAGCGUUAUUUCCUGCUUGUAAAUUAUGAUCACACGGAAAUUUCGGAACCCCCAACUAAUAUCUCAAAGGAAAACAUAAGUUAAUGCAACGUCCA